AUCCAAACCCACUCCGCCAAAUCCACGCAAAACCCUAGCCCCGGCCGCCGCCUCGCCCCCUCACACCGACUCGCCGGAGCUCGCAUCCUCCUCCUUCGGCUGCCACCUGCCCUGAUCACGUCGAGACCCACCUCCGGCUCCCGGUGGCCAUGGCCCAGCGGGCGAUGGGCCUGCUCCGGCGGUCCCUCGGGGUCGCGCCGCCGACGGCGCAGAGAGCCCUGAGUACCAGCACUGCGCCGCCGGCGGAGGGGGCGGCGGCGGCAGCCGAGGCGACGGCGAAGGAGGCGAAGAAGAGGAAGAAGAACCUGUUCGACGUGGUCCAGUUCCUGCCGGGGUGGGGCGUCGGGUACAAGGUUGCCAAGACCACUUGGCGCGACGUCUCCUACCAGAUCACCAAGAUCAACCUCUACAAGGACGGUCGGCAUGGGAAGGCGUGGGGGAUUCGGUACAAAGCAGGUGUUCAAGCCGCAGAUGCUCCAACUAGGAUCAGUGGGGUUAACAAACGUGGGUGGAAGUACAUAAAGGAAUCACAGAAGAAACUACAAGAUGCCCCCAAAGUUGAAGCCCCGGUCACUGCCUAGUUGCAGCCUGUAAGGUGCUUAUUGUAUUUCUUCCCUUGUAGCAAAAUUUUAGAUGGUUAUUGCCAGAUGAACAGAGAUCCACUUUUGGAUAGACACAAGGGUUCCCAGUUUGUCGAUGAAGACUGAACUCUCUGGAGAGUGGAGACUGCAGUGGUUGAUGUCUCUUUUUUUUACCCUGGAACUUAACCAUAAUGUACUGAUGCGGUGUUUAUGAUGGCAUCUAGUUUGUAUUCUACUACGAAGCUUUAAUUCAUUGAAGUGAAGGAUCUCCGGUAAUGCCUGUUCACCAA